UUAGGUCAGGCGUUAAUUAAGGGGUGGCUGCAGAGGCACAGCUGGACCCCGGCUCCCUUUUCCUCCCGGCUCUCCCAUCCCCAGAGCAGAUCCCUCUCCCCGGGGCUGAGCGGGAUCAGAGCAGAGCUGAGCUCUGUCCCUGUCCCCUGUACCGUGUCCCUCACUGUCCCCAGCAGCCCAAAUCCCUGGGGGUGCAGGGCAGCCAGGCUGGUUCCACCCCUUGGGCUGGGCUUUGUCCCCACCCUGAGCCCCCUCACAGCCCUGGGCUGGGCAGGAGCCUCGUGCCAGGAGAGGGCAGCUCUGGUGAGGGCAGCUGUGCUGCUGCUUGGAACCAGCCCCAGUGCCCCAUCCCCAUCCCAUCCCAUCCCCAUCCCAUCCCCAUCCCAUCCCAUCCCAUCCCAUCCCAUCCCAUCCCACCCCAUCCCUCAGACCCUCAGCCUGCCCAGCUGGGCUCAGGCUGGGCCGGGCAGCAGCAGCCCCCGCUCUGUGCCCUGGCUGUGCCUCUGGGGCCAAGGCCAGGCUGGCCCUGCCUUGGGAGGAGCUGCUGGGGUUUUGGGGAUCAGGGAAUGUCCUGCUCCAGCUGCCUGGGGGGGAACCUUCCCUGCCCCCCCUGCGAGGGGCAGCAGCUGCGGGAGCUGCGGGAGCUGCAGCCCUCCCACCCUGGGAGCUGCUGUCCCACCCGAGCCCAGCCCCAGGGCUCUGCCAGCUGCCAAGACCAGGCCUCCCAGCCUCACGGCCCUCAUGGAAAAUCCAGAGCUCGUCCCCGCUUUCCUGGGGACAGCAGGUCACCCAUCCCAUCCCAUCCCAUCCCAUCCCAUCCCAUCCCAUCCCAUCCCAUCCACGAGAUUGGGCGUUCUCAGGGUGGUCCUAUCCCAUCCCAUCCCAUCCCAUCCCAUCCCAUCCCAU